AUGAAAGAUCAAAGGGUUUGGGUUAUCACAUUUGGAAUCAUUGCAAUGAUGUCAAUGUUGAUUGGUGGUACCGUAUCACAAUCAUUACCAACCAACUUGUUUGUAAACUUUAUACCAAACCAAGUAAAUGAAACCUGUGAAGGUGAUGUUGGUGUUGGUGUUGGAUACUCUUUCGCUAUCAACCAAUGUAUCCAACUCCAAGGUCGUUCCUAUUACUUUGUAGUCGAUGCUUUGCGUGCAGGCUGGAAAGUAUAUAAUAGCACCGAGUGCAAGGGCAAGUUUGACGUAGAAUCUUUUAAAAACGGAUCAUGUGUCUUUGCUGAAUUUGCCUGGACACCCAGUUGGACUACCAUGUACAUCUCUGAAAGUGAGGUCACUUCGCCAAGCGUCCCAUUGGACACUAUCAUCUACUCGCAGUACUCUGAAAAGGACUGCAAAGAUCUCCAAUUCUACUACUACUUUGUCACUGGUUACCAAUUCGCCACACCCUACUUUAACAGUACCUUUUCGUGUGACAGUCAAACCCCAAUGGACUACAUUUGCAUGGAAGGAUGUAAAGGAACCGCUAAACAUUGCUGUGUCAGCAAGGAAUUACCAACUACCUGUGAAUCUGACACCAACUCUAUUUAUUCAUGUAAUACCAUUAAUUAA